AUGAGACGCGAUGGCACCCUAUUUAAUGCUUCUACGGUUCACAUCGACCACAUUACAACAGCACUAAACUGUCUUAUACCAUUCGGCAUCAAGGAAGAAGUGAUCAUUUUCAUAGAUAAUGAUGGGUUAUCCUUUGCCAGGGAACUGAACCAUGUAAUGCGUAUCCAGUUAUUCCUAGCGAGGGAACUGUUUAUGUCCUUCUCAUACGAUAAUGGCAAUGACAACGAGGAGCCAACUAAGGUUUGUGUUAAGAUAAGCCAUUUGCUUGAUAGCUUCAAUGUGGCUAACAGAAAUAUCGAUGACGUUGUAGAGUGCACUAUGUCAUACGAUGGCUACGGAUCACCAUUUGUGCUCAUAUUCGAAGACUCUACAGUUUCAGAACGUGUUGAAUACUCAACGUACCUCGUACAGGGCAGCACCAACGGGGGACUAGAGAUCGAUAGAGAUCAAGUCAUUUUUGAAUGCAUAAUCAAGGGCGACGUGCUUUAUGCAGCAAUGAAUGAACUUAAGGAGACCGGCUGUAAAGAAUGCUAUUUGUUUGCAAAGACGAAUGAUAAUGGUGAUCAUGUCUUCGCGCUUAUAUCAGAUUCACAACUUGGUCUUUCCAAAAUACGACUGCCAAACAGUAGAUCAAUCCUUGAGAAACUGGAGAUCUACGACACAGACUAUGAAACGGUGAUACAUGGUAGACUGGUAAUUGCCAGCUUUGAUUUCAAUCUGUUUGACAAAAUGCGAAUGAGUAUUCGCAUAGCCAGUAAAGUGUUGUUCAAAAUGGAUGCUCACGGACUACUAAGCGUCAACAUUCUUAGUCAAACAGAUGAUGUUCUUGUUUCCGAGACGAGGCCUACGAUAAAUCGAGCCAGAAGUCUUGAUGGACCAAGACAAAUGCAGCUACCGAGAGAUUACCCCGGGAUUGUAGUCGAAGUGUGCCUCAUCGAAAGAGAGCAAUUUGACGAUAGCGCUAAAAGGAAUAUAGAGAUACUGAUGGAUAGCGGCGAACGAGAGAAAGCCGCUUCAAGUGGCAUAGGCGCUGGCAGCAAUAGCAGGGGGAAUAUCCCAACAUUUCACCGUGAAGAGAUUGACCUCCAGAAUGGACGUCGGGCCUCGCCCUUCAAAAAUGACUUACCGCUAUUCUUUUGA